AUGAAAAUGAAAUAAAAGAUCUACAAGCUAAAAUUAAUUAAUAAAAUAAUAACUAGAAUAAAACAAAAUGAAAUUCUUAUUAAAAAUAGAAAGAUUAAAGAAUUAGGUUAUGAAGUUCUUUAACUGUAACGAAAAAUUGAUUACUUAGAGAAUAAAGUGGUGAAAGAUCAUAGAUUAUCAACUUUAUAAAUAAGGUAUUCAUUAUUAUAAAGUCAAUAAAUUGGAUCUAAUUCUAAUUUAAGUUAAUAAGGUAAUACAAGUUAAAAUAAAGAAAAUAAGUUUACUCCACUAAUAGAAGAAUAAUAAGAGAAUUCCUCUCUAACAAUCACAGAAUAAUAAGAUGAAGAAGAAAAAGAAUUAAAUUAAAUAGAAUUUAAUACUGAGAGGAUUGUUGAAACAAGAGAAAAAGCACAAUAAGUAGAAUUAGAUUUCAUUUAUAAUUAUACAAAAAUGAAAGAAGUUUAAACAAAUCUAAAUUUAAUUGAUAAAAAAUUUGAUGAUCUAAACUAAGAUAUUUGUGAUUAAGCUAUCAAUUUUAUAGAAUUUUUAAAUAUUCCGAAAGAUAAAACAGAAAGUGAUUUUACUUAAACAAAUAUUUAAUUUUUAAACAUCGAUACUAUAGAAAAAUUAACUGAAGAAGAAAUAAUUAAAUAUGUUGAUAAUUAAUUCACUUAAUCUGGAAUUCCAUAGAGCACACCUUAAAUAAUGAGAUAACCUUCUAUGAGAACAAGUUUUAAGCGAGCCUCCAUUAUUUUUGAAAAAUAACCUACUCAAAAUUUACAAACUUUAUGUAAUAACAAUAAAAUUAAAUCAAUGAUCACAUUUAAUAAAUUUUAAGGAAUAAAAUUAUUUUAAUUAGAAAGUAAUAUUUAAUUAAAUCUUUCCAAAAUAGAAGAAUUAUAAACAAUUAUAGUGAUUAAUUUUUUUUACCAUAAUCAUAAUUUGACAUAAUAAAAUAAGGAGCUCAAAGAACAGAAUUCUAAAUUUUUUGAUUAAAUAACUCAUUUACAUAUAAAAAUAUAGGAAUUAGAAAAUUAAAUUAUGUCUGAUGCAAUUGAUCUCAAUUAAGUUAUUUCUUAAUAAGAAAUGAAAUCAUAAACUUAAAAAUUAAAUACAUUGGCAUAAAGGAAAAAUAAAAAAGCGGCACCUUAAUUAGGAUAAAAAGUAAUCUUUAUAAGAUUAUAUUCUAGGUGACAAUCAGUUAUGAUUUUCAAAAAAAUUAAUCAAAAUUGCUUAUCGAAAAAAUUAAAUCUAAAAAUAUGGGGAAAUUUAUAAAUUUCUUACCACUUAAACUUGUACUCAAAAUGAUAAGUACAUUCUAUUUAGAAAAAAUAUCAAAUUAAAAAGAAAAUAAAUUAUUAAGGGAUUAAGAUAUGUCAGCUUAUAUAUAUAAUUAUUAUUUACAGCAAUUUGGAUAUACUAAAGUUACUGAAUAAAGAUUUAUGAUACUUGUAUUAUCAAUUAAAAAAAAUCUUUAAAUAGUAAGAGUGAAUAUGUUUGCAAAAUUUAUGAAUUUAUUAGAGGAAAAAUCAAACUAUAGAGUUGAAGAAUUUUAAAGAUAUUUGGAAGCCUUAGAAUAUAUAUAAAAUAUAUAAAAUCUUGGUAUUGCUAUUAAGGACAAUGAAUAGGAAUAAAAACAUUAUAUUCCUUAUGUAAGUGCUUUAGUUUAUUUGGGAUAAUUAUAAAAUUUUAAUUUCACUCAAGAGGAAUUGAAUUAUUUAAAGUAGGAUCUAGAGAAUUAGAAAGAAAAUGAUCCUAAAAAUAUUAAUAAAGCAGGAAUUGUUGAUUUUGAUUUACUCAUGAUUAGAGUUUUAACUAUAUUUAGAAACAAUAUAGAAAAAACUAAAUUAUAUGUUAUUAAUGCAUUUGCUGCAUGUGAUCUUGAUGGAAAUGGAAUGUGUAAUUUAGAUGAAUGGCUUCUUUUGAUUAGACAUAUUGAACAAGAUAAAUUUGAGGAAGAUAAAUUUGAAGAAAUAUUUGAAGAAUAUGCUGAUCUAGUAGAAGAUGAUGAAAAAAAUCUUUCUUUUGACAGAUUCUCGAUAUUAUGUAUGGAACAUGAGCUAUUUGGUGAUAUAUAAAAAAAUAAGUUUUUAAAAGUGAAAAGUAAUAAUAACAAAAAAAUAAUAUUAGGCAAUUCAGAAGCUGAAUAAAAAUUUGAGUAAUUAAAAGAAAAUUGGAUAUAAGUUUAUACUGAAUAAUUGAAGAGAUUGAAUGAACUCAAAAUGGUAAAAGAUUCUUAGUGUUUUGGAUAGAAAAAUUGGUUCGGAAUUUAGCAGUAAGAAGCCCCUUCUUAUAGCCUUUAAAAUCUUUUUGGAAGAAUCUAAAUGAAUAGUAUCUUAUAUCUUGAAAUGAUACUUUAUAUUUUUUAAAUUAUAAUNAAAAUUAAAUCUAAAAAUAUGGGGAAAUUUAUAAAUUUCUUACCACUUAAACUUGUACUCAAAAUGAUAAGUACAUUCUAUUUAGAAAAAAUAUCAAAUUAAAAAGAAAAUAAAUUAUUAAGGGAUUAAGAUAUGUCAGCUUAUAUAUAUAAUUAUUAUUUACAGCAAUUUGGAUAUACUAAAGUUACUGAAUAAAGAUUUAUGAUACUUGUAUUAUCAAUUAAAAAAAAUCUUUAAAUAGUAAGAGUGAAUAUGUUUGCAAAAUUUAUGAAUUUAUUAGAGGAAAAAUCAAACUAUAGAGUUGAAGAAUUUUAAAGAUAUUUGGAAGCCUUAGAAUAUAUAUAAAAUAUAUAAAAUCUUGGUAUUGCUAUUAAGGACAAUGAAUAGGAAUAAAAACAUUAUAUUCCUUAUGUAAGUGCUUUAGUUUAUUUGGGAUAAUUAUAAAAUUUUAAUUUCACUCAAGAGGAAUUGAAUUAUUUAAAGUAGGAUCUAGAGAAUUAGAAAGAAAAUGAUCCUAAAAAUAUUAAUAAAGCAGGAAUUGUUGAUUUUGAUUUACUCAUGAUUAGAGUUUUAACUAUAUUUAGAAACAAUAUAGAAAAAACUAAAUUAUAUGUUAUUAAUGCAUUUGCUGCAUGUGAUCUUGAUGGAAAUGGAAUGUGUAAUUUAGAUGAAUGGCUUCUUUUGAUUAGACAUAUUGAACAAGAUAAAUUUGAGGAAGAUAAAUUUGAAGAAAUAUUUGAAGAAUAUGCUGAUCUAGUAGAAGAUGAUGAAAAAAAUCUUUCUUUUGACAGAUUCUCGAUAUUAUGUAUGGAACAUGAGCUAUUUGGUGAUAUAUAAAAAAAUAAGUUUUUAAAAGUGAAAAGUAAUAAUAACAAAAAAAUAAUAUUAGGCAAUUCAGAAGCUGAAUAAAAAUUUGAGUAAUUAAAAGAAAAUUGGAUAUAAGUUUAUACUGAAUAAUUGAAGAGAUUGAAUGAACUCAAAAUGGUAAAAGAUUCUUAGUGUUUUGGAUAGAAAAAUUGGUUCGGAAUUUAGCAGUAAGAAGCCCCUUCUUAUAGCCUUUAAAAUCUUUUUGGAAGAAUCUAAAUGAAUAGUAUCUUAUAUCUUGAAAUGAUACUUUAUAUUUUUUAAAUUAUAAUAAAAUCAAGAAUCUUUUAUUUUUAUUAUAAAAAAAACGAAAAAAUGAUAGAAUAAUUUACAAAGAUUAUGUUUAGCUUUCUAUAUUAAUAAAAAAAAUUUUGA